UCCCCAUUACCCUCCCUCCUCCCGCCCAAAUACUUAGCAGCAAAGAUUCCAGCAAACGUUUGUUUGUUUGUAAUUGUUAAACUUGUUCUGCUACCAAAUGUCCAGAAGGCGCCUCAGGGUGGUUUCAUCUUCUUCCGACGAAGAAGACGAAGAGCAACUGGAACCGGAACUGCAAGACCUACAAUCUCCUCCCCCUCCUCCUCCUCCACAGGAGCAUCUAGAAGGACACGUAGACGACAAUGUCGAAGCCCAUUUCCAAACGGUCACAUUGAAUUCCCCCAACCCUACACCAAACACGCGCAAUCCUGCUAAUUCGUCGGGAAAUGGGAACGGACGCGAUGGGGAAGAAGUGAUUAUCCUCGACAGCGAGUCCACUGGUAAUUCCAAUUUUGGUAGCAGUGGUUAUUUCGAGGUGUCUGAUUCUCCGGUGAGUGGAAUUUUGGAAGGAUUAGGGCUCAGACUGAGAAGGCCAUGGCUCGAAUCGUGUUUGCGUGGGCUUGAAUCGUCGAUGCCUGGCUUUCAAGGAAUGGACGAUUCAGUAAAGGCGAAAGUUUGCUUUGGGCAAUUCUUGUGCUCCGAUAUGAAUUUUUGCGGCGCUGGUGUGCUUCCUCCCAAUGUCCAUUCCUUGCAUUUGCAUGAUCUCAAAGGCCCUUUUGUUUUGCAGGUGGACGAGAUAGUGAAUAUCAGCAGCCCUCUUCGCGGAAGGUACCAAAAAGCUGCAUCAGGAGUCAAGAGGUGCCUCAAGUUGUCCAUGACUGACGGUGUCCAGCGUGUGUUUGGAAUGGAGUAUAGGCCGAUCAAAGAUCUCGAAGCCCUGGCCCCUGCAGGAAUGAAGGUGGCUAUUUGUAAUGUAAAUGUUAGGCGGGGUCUGUUGAUGUUGGUCCCUGAAGUUCUUCAAGUUUUGGGAGGGUCUGUCGAAGAGUUAGAAGCUGCACGACAAAGGCUCGUUAAUGAAGUAAAUAAGCCACCACGUGGGAAAAGGGAUAGGACAGGAGUGGCUCCUCCUCUCGCAAUGAGGGCAACUCUUGCUGCGUGGACACCGCAUAGUGAUUCUGAUCCGCAGCAUGUAUCUCAAUCGACCCGUACAAACACAAGACCCUUACAAUCUAGCUAUCAAGGAACGACAAUUAGUACUCCAGCCAAUGAAAUGCCCCAACAAGCCUUUGCAACUGAAAAUAGGGAAAAUCCUGAACCUAGACCAUCAGCCGCACCUUGGUUAAACGAACGUGAUGAAGUCCCGACACAUAGUGAUCCCACAGGAACUGUAUUUGGCAGCAAUAAUGCAACUUCUAGAAGGUAUACCGAGCCUCGAGCAUCAUCUGCAGUGGAUCCUGUCGCCAUUCCUAGGCCUGUUGAUGAACCAAUGACAGAUGUCGCAUCGUCUUCUAUGGAGACGGGGGUGGAUACUACUCACGUUUCUAGAAAUUCCGUACCUAUUGAAGAUCUUACGAGCCCAGGUCGCAGGGAUGAUGCUAUGAUGAUCACAUCAUCUCCCACGGACAGGGAUGCCAAGGAAAUACUUAUGGUGGAUGAACUAGAACAUCAUUUUAUACUUUCCAGAGAUAACGAAGUCCCUUUUACUUACCUGGCUAGUUUGUCGGCAAAACUUGUGGCAGUUGAGGAUGAAGAUACCGUCAUUAGAGGUAAAAUAAAGUGCAUUCUGACUGGGGUUAAGGGAUUUCAAUACAAGCAUACGAAUACAUUCAAGCUUCACGUUUACGUCGAUGAUGGAAGCCUCAUUUCCAAAAUCCUCAUCGAUCACAAUGUUGUGCAGAAAGGAAUCGGCUAUUUGCCUGAGGAGGUAACAGAAGCGCUUGCAUCUUCAGACAGCGCACGAUCCGCAGCCAUGAAGGAGACGAUGAAGCAAUUCCAGACGUUCUUGAUGAAUUUUGAGGGUACCCUGGUGGUGGAAAUGAGUAAAGCCUCCCCUGUUGCGGUUGCUGUUGAAAUGAAUGAAGGUUGUUCUUCAUCUGAUGCCUCCGCCUCGGCCUGGCUGCUACUUGAGAGGCUGCUCGAAUCCUCGGGUUCUGCUCCACGGCAGCCAUUGUCCCGAUCAGACCCCAUUGUCAUAUCCCCUUAGGUCUACAACAUGAGCCUUAGGCUAAGUUUUCUUGCCUAUGAGGUAACAAAUUGAUCGAUAUAAGUCUAUUAAGGUCCUGUUGGACAUAUUUGGAUUUAAAAUUGGAUUUUAAUGAAAUACUUGGAAAUUGUUUGAAAUGAAACACUUGACAGAAACGGAAUCAAGUAAAAUGAA